UGGUUGCCACUACAGAGCGAAACUCCCCCUUUUAAGAGGUACUGAUUAAAGUGACCCGCCACACUUUGUGUUCGAAUGCAUUUAAUUAAAACGUGUAAAAUAUGAUUAAAUCUACCCUGACUAAUUCCUGUCUACCUGAUUCCGUUGUGGUGAGACGUGCUUUUAAUGUGGUACUGGAAAAACUAUAGGUCCAUUUUACGUGCUACCUGCCACAUGGCAACCCGGUUUAAAGGCACAACCCCAAAGUGCGCCAGCGGAGGAAAAAAAAAGUGCCUGGCAACACGACGGCACAGUGCGCCGACACGGAGCGUAUUAGCGGCGUUUAAUUACGUCGCUGUCAGGAUUGCACAACUCCCAAGAGCUGCACCUUGACAUGGGAUAGGCCACAAGCAUCAAAGAAGGCUCACAUCCCCUUCAUGACAGACCAAAAAGGAAAGAAAACCAAAAAAAAAAGCCUCUGAAAUGCAGAGCUCAUUGAUUUAAGUGAGUGUAAAGCUGGAAGACAUCUGGCUGUAUGACUUCUCCUUAGAUUACAGUGUAAAUAUAAAGAUCACACCAACCAUUAGCCUCAGUGCAUCAUCUGAAUGGAAAUAUGGACACCAUCAGAAGAGGAAUUUUGACUCACCAUGCCCAGGAACUAUGAGCAACCUGGUCACUCAGUAGGGAUGUUGGCGGCCGUGGAACAUGGUCCCAUCCUCUGCAGCGACUCCAACAUCCUUUGCCUCUCGUGGAAAGGUCGGGUUCCCAAGAGUGAGAAAGACAAGCCAGUUUGCCGGAGACGCUACUAUGAGGAGGGCUGGCUCGCCACAGGGAACGGGAGAGGAGUUGUUGGGGUGACAUUUACAUCGAGUCACUGCAGGAGGGACAGAAGUACUCCCCAGCGAAUUAAUUUUAACCUACGUGGACACAACAGUGAGGUUGUCUUGGUGCGGUGGAAUGAACCCUUUCAGAAACUGGCCACAUGUGAUAUGGAAGGAGGGAUUUUUGUGUGGAUCCAGUAUGAAGGACGGUGGUCUGUGGAGUUAGUGAAUGACAGAGGGGCUCAGGUGAGUGACUUCACUUGGUCACACGAUGGCACUCAGGCACUUAUCGCGUACAGAGACGGCUUUGUGUUAGUUGGCUCAGUCAGUGGACAAAGACACUGGUCCUCUGAGAUUAACCUAGAGAGUCAAAUCACCUGUGGCAUCUGGACACCUGAUGAUCAGCAGGUUUUCUUUGGUACAGCAGACGGUCAGGUGAUAGUGAUGGACUGUCAUGGGCGGAUGCUCGCACACGUUCUUUUGCACGAGUCCGAUGGGAUUGUGAGCAUGUCAUGGAACUGCCCUGACUUCUUGGUGGAGGACAGUACAGAGAGCGACACGGACUCUGACGACAACAUUUUGCCUUUAGUGCGCAGAGUCAAGCCUUUGUUGACCGUCACCUUCUUAUCAGGAGACAUCAGUUUAAUGAACAACUAUGAUGACCUUUCUCCUGCUGUAAUACGAUCAGGUCUGAAAGAUGUUGAGGCCCAGUGGUGCUCCCAGGGAGACCUCCUAGCUGUGGCCGGCAUGGAGCGUCAUGGAAUCCCUGCAGACAUUGCCUGUGCAUCCAUCAUGAGGAAUGCCCUUGUUAAGUUCUAUAAUGUACAAGGGGAACACAUCUACACUCUGGAAACACCUGCACAGAGAGCUAUCACUACCAUCUGUUGGGGUCACAGAGACUCUCGUCUGUUCCUUGCAUGUGGACCGGCACUGUAUGUGGUGCGUGUGGAGCACAGGGUGGCCAGCCUGCAGCUCUUAUGUCAGCAGGGCAUUGCAAGUGCCUUGCGGGAGGAGAAGGAUGUGGGGAAGCUGAACAUGCCAUCAUUGCUCUGCUCCUAUGUGACCUCGGCAUUCAUACCCACCAUUAAGCCUCCAAUUCCUGACCCCAACAACAUCCGUGACUUUGUCAGCUAUCCAACAGCUGGAAAUGAGAGGCUCCACUGCACCAUGAAGCGAGCAGAGGACAGUCCUGAGGCAGGCGGGCCCUGCUACACCCUCUACCUAGAAUAUUUGGGAGGACUGGUUCCUAUACUCAAAGGAAGGCGCAUCAGUAAACUACGGCCCGAGUUUGUCAUAAUGGAUCCAAAAACAGAUCCCAAAGCAGAGGAGGUGUGUGUGAACCCCAUGAUCUCAUAUACUGACAGCUGUAACUGUUCAGACUCCAGUGACAUUGAGCUGAGCGACGAAUGGGUCAGCAAGAAGUCGCCAAAGUUGUCCAGAGGAAACAGAAUGAACAUAGAGGGGAGAAAAUCUCCCAGACUCUCACGUGCCAAUCAGGAAGGCCAACGAUCACCACACUUACCAACAAAGAGGCCUCCAGCGGUCCCUAGUCUGACACAUCGUGAGUUUUCUAUGGAUGGAAUCACAGAGCAUAAUUACCUUGCUCAGGUCACAUCCAACAUUUGGGGGACUAAGUUCAAAAUUGUGGGACUUGCCUCUUUUCUCCCGGCCAAUCUUGGUGCUGUCAUUUACAAGACAAGUUUGCUUCAUCUUCAACCAAGGCAGAUGACAAUCUACCUUCCAGAAGUGCGAAAGAUUUCACACGACUUUAUGAGCCUGCCUGUAUUCAACCCCAAUGUGUUCAGUGAGGAUGAGGAUGAUUUACCAGUUAUGGGGCCAUCUGGAGUCGCUGGAGACAAUCCUCCUUGCACAGCCAACAUUCCCAUUGCUCCAAUCCACAGUCCUGCUCAAGCCAUGUCCCCAACACAAAGUAUUGGUCUGGUUCAGUCACUUCUGGCCAAUCAGAAUAUUCAGCUUGAUGUCUUGACCAACCCAACGCCAAUGCAGCAGUGGCGGCGGCAGCGGCAGCUGCUUCUGUCCCUGUUGCUGAUCAUGCUCAGGAUGCUGUUGCAUCCCCAUAUCCAGUGCCAUCUAGAUAUUCUAACCCUGGCAGGUGAUCUUCAGUGGUUUGGAAAUGAGUCCUCUGCUCCCUGGUACCCUACCUCCACCACCUCACCAUCUCCCACCACAGCCACAUCCUCAGCGGACUCAUUCUCAGCAACCUCGCCAGCAGCAAUCAAAGCAGUUACAACAAAUUCAGCUGCAGCAGCAACAACAACAACAACAACAACAACAUCAAGUUCAGCAACACCAACAAAUGCAACAAAAUCCACAACAGGUGUCCAGCCAGCAACUGCAGCACCAACAGCAAAUUCAACAGCAGCAAAUGCAGCUGCAGCACGAGCAGAUGCAGCAACAGCAGCAACAGAUGCAGCAACAGCAGCAACAAAUCAGACAACAAAUCCAGGAGAUGAGACAGCAGCAGCAGCAGCUCCAGCAGCUAGCACCAGCAGAUCCAGCAACAACAUCAACAAAUGCAGAGGCAGCACAGCAAAUGCAGCAGCAACUCAAGAUGCAGAUGUCUCUUCCCCCUCCACCCUCCGGUUAUCCAACUAUUUCCUUACAACAGCUUCAUCUUCUACCACAUAUUCCUCCUGCCAGUGAGCCUGGAACAGACCGGGGGGAGCAUGCACACACUCUGAAGCCAAGUCUGCCACGGUCUUUACCUCCAUCCUUCAAUGACAACGAUGGGUCUGUGGAGAUGCAGAUGAGGAAGGUGAAUCCUCCUCCUCCAUACCCUGGCACUGUGGUGUCCGGGGCAGCUGUUACAGCAGCUACCACACCUCAAACCCUUGUCACAAAUUGCGAUAGCCCAAGUGCCCUGUUGCCAGAUACCUGUCUGAAAAAAGAUGAAUUCUUGCUUCACCCUGUCACCUUACAUUACCCAACACCUCUAGGGUAUGAGAGGAUCACCACCUUUGACAGCAGUGGGAAUGUGGAGGAGGUGUGUCGCCCACGCCGGCGACUCAUUCACAACCAAAAUGCAUUUGCUGUUCAUGGUAUUGGAGGCUCAGCCACACUGAAAAUCACGUCAUCCGAGAGUAAAAAAAUUCAGCUUCCUUACAGCUCUGCAACACUGAGUCGUCUUUCUGUCCCUCGAUACACGAUACCCAGUGGAGACCCUCCUCCUUACCCUGAUCCAGCCAAUCAGGUAACUGCCACCCUUCCUCCCCCACAGAGAAUUGACAACAGUCUGAUUCAUGCCACUUUACGCUGUGACCGAAGGGACGUAGGACUCAAAGUGCCAACAGUGAUGGAAACCUCAAGAACCCUUCCCACCAAGUC